UCUAGAGUGGUACAAGUGACGUGAGAGUCAUACGCAUGUGGGGGAAGUUGUGAGGUGUUUUUUCUCACCGUUGCGGGGAACUGCAAGAGGUGUUAAAUACUAGAGGGUUUAAUUAAAUAUCACUUUGACAGAAGCCAAGAAGUCAGGCUUUUGAUCUCUCAAACAUUAUGGAUAUUCUGGGUUCACUACUAAUCAUUUUGCUGGGUACCAUCACAGGGACCAGGGCAGAUGUCCAUCCAAUAGACAAAUAUGGGUUGAAGGGCGGUGCGGUGUGUUUGACAGUUAGAGAAAACCCUCUUCAAGAGAUGGCGAUGAAAUGGAUGACUGAUAGCAAUGUAAUAGCUGUGAAGGAAAAAGUUUCUCCUCGAUACAAGGAGAGGGUCAAUUAUAACUCCACAGACCACUCUCUUUGUCUCAGGAAACUGGAACAAACAGAUACUGGAAUCUACAUUGCAUAUAAUGUUGAGAUAUGGAAGGAGACACAAAUGGUCAAAUACAAUUUGAUGGUCCAAGAAGCUGUUUCCAUACCAGUCAUGGAGGUGGUGUCGCUCUCCUCCAACUAUAGUGAUGGAAUGUGUGACGUCACAGUGAACUGUUCAGUUACAGGUGUGUGGGUGUUGUCUGUCUGUGAUGGAGGUCAGUGCACACUGUCACAGCAGUCUCUUUCACACACCAGAGUCAACAUCAUCAUCUCCAAUGACAACGGGACUAUCCAGUGCACUGGCAAAAAUAACUUCAGUGCAGAGACCAGCUCACAACGCAUGGAGGACAUAUGUAAGGGUGAGAAGAAGGGGAGAGCUUCAACAUUACCAGUUGGGACCAUUAUGGGCAGUGUUACUGCUCUUGUCCUCUUUGUGGGUGUGUUAUUUGGUGUAGGAUACAUCAUAUUAACCAGAAGACGGCAAUCCCCUAAAGAUCCGCAGUCAAUGCAGGUCGUUAUUACAGAAGUUGACAACACAGUGGCCGCUAUACCAGGAAGACCAGAACUACCAAACACCUCUGGUUCUGAGGUGACAUCUAUCUACGUCACUGCAGGCAGACCAGGAGCAGUACCAGCAUCAGCAAUAGAAGAACACCACCCAGUGGAAAAAGGGUACACUUUACCAGAAGAAAGUACAGAACUCUACAGCACUGUGCAGCAACCAGCGGUAGAAGAGCGCCACCUAGUGGACAAAGUGGGCUGUCCAAAAAGACUGAGGCCAGGACCACAUAGCCCUUCUGAUGCAGAUCCUACAUCAAUCUACAGCACAGCCAGCUAUAGCCCAGCGCCACCCAGUGGACAAAUGGACAAAUAUGGGAAUAAUGUCAACAAACCAGACAAACUACCUUACUAAACUACCCCUCCAUUCCCCUGAUGUUACAUUGACUAAGACUUGACCCAUAGACUUACAUACUGAAGAAAAACACAGGGAGAGAAUUUAGAUAACUUAUUUUUUUACAUUGUUUAUGUCUAAUUUUAACCAUAUUUAAAUUGGCAAUCUGUGAUUUGCUACAUCGAUUUUGGAGACUUUUAAGUUAAUUAUAUAUAACUUUUGAUUAAUAUAACUUAUGCUUGUUUAAACUCCAUUGUUUGUAAACAAUGUAAUUCUAAACAGACACUGUAUAGCUUCAAAACAUAGUUACAAAUAUAAUUUUGAUGUCGUGAAUGGUCAGUCCAUAGCAUCCAUAGCCUCAUCUAUGAAUUUAAGUGGUUACAUUUCUCCAGCCCCAUCACUAAGCUGUUAACCUCAAAAAGGUGGCAGCAUGACGGUAUUCUUAGUAUUUGAACUGCAGAUGUCCCCUUUAAUGAUACACCGUUUUGCAUAAUGUGUUCUUUUCUGUAUUUGAAAAUGAUAAAACAUGUUGAUGAAUAUAGCAGCACUUUACAUGCUUACGUAGCUGCUGCCCACUCCUCUGCUUACGUAGCUGCUGCCCACUCCGCUGCUUAUGUAGCUGCUGCCCACUCCGCUGCUUACGUAGCUGCUGCCCACUCUGCUGCUUACGUAGCUGCUGCCCACUCCGCUGCCUACGUAGCUGCUGCCCACUCCGCUGCUUACGUAGCUGCUGCCCACUACGCUGCUUACGUAGCUGCUGCCCACUCCGCUGCUUACAUAGCUGCUGCCCACUCCGCUGCCUACGUAGCUGCUGCCCACUCCGCUGCCUAUGUAGCUGCUUCCCACUGCGCUGCCUACGUAGCUGCUGCCCACUCCGCUGCCUAUGUAGCUGCUUCCCACUCCACUGCCUACGUAGCUGCUGCCCACUCCGCUGCUUACGUAGCUGCUGCCCACUCCGCUGCCUACGUAGCUGCUUCCCACUCCGCUGCCUACGUAGCUGCUGCCCACUCAGAUGCCUAUGUAGCUGCUGCCCACUCCGCUGCCUACGUAGCUGCUGCCCACUCCGCUGCCUACGUAGCUGCUGCCUACGUAGCUGCUGCCCACUCUGCGGCCUACGUAGCUGCUGCCCACUCCACUGCUUACGUAGCUGCUGCCCACUCCGCUGCCUACGUAGCUGCUUCCCACUCCGCUGCCUACGUAGCUGCUGCCCACUCUGCUGCCUACGUAUCUGAUUCCCACUCCGCUGCCUACGUAGCUGUUGCCCACUCUGCUGCCUACGUAGCUGCUUCCCACUCCGCUGCCUACGUAGCUGCUGCCCACUCCGAUGCCUACGUAGCUGCUUCCCACUCCGCUGCCUACGUAGCUGCUGCCCACUCCGCUGCCUAUGUAGCUGCUUCCCACUCCACUGCCUACGUAGCUGCUGCCCACUCCGCUGCUUACGUAGCUGCUGCCCACUCCGCUGCCUACGUAGCUGCUUCCCACUCCGCUGCCUACGUAGCUGCUGCCCACUCCGAUGCCUAUGUAGCUGCUGCCCACUCCGCUGCCUAUGUAGCUGCUGCCCACUCCGCUGCCUACGUAGCUGCUGCCUACGUAGCUGCUGCCCACUCUGCGGCCUACGUAGCUGCUGCCCACUCCACUGCCUACAUAGCUGCUGCCCACCCACCACGUAGCCGCCCACUCCCUGCCUACGUAGCUGCUUCCCACUCCGCUGCCUACGUAGCUGCUGCCCACUCCGAUGCCUACAUAGCUGCUGCCCACUCCGCUGCCUACGUAGCUGAUGCCUACGUAGCUGCUGCCCACUCUGCGGCCUACGUAGCUGCUGCCCACUCCACUGCUUACGUAGCUGCUGCCCACUCCGCUGCCUACGUAGCUGCUGCCCACUCCACUGCUUACGUAGCUGCUGCCCACUCUGCUGCCUACGUAUCUGAUUCCCACUCCGCUGCCUACGUAGCUGCUGCCCACUCUGCGGCCUACGUAGCUGCUGCCCACUCCACUGCUUACGUAGCUGCUGCCCACUCCGCUGCCUACGUAGCUGCUGCCCACUCCACUGCUUACGUAGCUGCUGCCCACUCUGCUGCCUACGUAUCUGAUUCCCACUCCACUGCUUACGUAGCUGCUGCCCACUCUGCUGCCUACGUAUCUGAUUCCCACUCCGCUGCCUACGUAGCUGUUGCCCACUCUGCUGCCUACGUAGCUGCUUCCCACUCCGCUGCCUACGUAGCUGCUGCCCACUCCGAUGCCUACAUAGCUGCAUCUCAGCGCUUCACUGCUGCUUCCGCUCCUUGA